CAGUGGACACCUAACCUUAAUCCUGAGUCCACGUGCAAAAUAACAAUUUCAUUUUGUUCGGAGUGUUGAGUUAUUUUUUUAUUGAAAAAUGGGUAAGAAGUCGCUCAAACGAAAGAAGGAGAUCGAGAAAGUGAAUCAAGGAAAACCUGAGGACGAGGCUGAAGUCAUUCCUCCCAAGAGGUCCUCAGAUGAGCCACCAGUCAAAAGGGAAAAAUGGACGAAUCGACAAAGAGUCUUGGUGUUCGCAUCCAGAGGAAUAAAUCAUCGAGAUCGUCACUUGAUGGAGGAUUUGAAGUCCCUCAUGCCGCAUCACCGAACAGAAGCGAAAAUGGAGAGGCAGAAGAACCUGCAGGUUGUCAACGAGAUUUGCGAAGCCAAAAAUUGCAACAAAGCUGUUUUAUUCGAAGGGAGAAAGAAGAGGGAUCUUUACAUGUGGUUUUCCAACGCUGGAAGUGGUCCUUCUGUCAAAUUUCUAGUUGAAAAUAUUUAUACAAUGGGAGAAUUGAAACUGACAGGCAAUUGUCUCAAAGGAUCUCGUCCAAUUCUCUCCUUCGACGAGAAUUUCUCCACGAACCCUCAUUAUGCCCUUCUGCGAGAAUUAUUCACUCAGAUAUUUGGUGUGCCCAAUCAUCACCCCAAGAGCAAGCCAUUCUUCGACCACGUCUACACAUUCAGCGUUCUGGACAACAGAAUAUGGUUCAGAAACUUCCAGAUACUGACUGAGGAUGGGGGACUGGCGGAGAUUGGCCCCAGAUUCGUUCUGAAUCCUGUGAAAAUAUUUGCUGGAAGUUUUGGGGGGGAAACACUGUGGGACAAUCCCUUCUACAUAUCCCCAGCGAAGUAUCGUCAAGCCAUAAACAAAAAGGCUGGUGGAAAGUACAUAAACAGGAUUGAGCAGAAGAUGGCACAGCAGGCUAAUAAGCCUGAGGUCUCGUAUGCGUUGAACCCACUGGAUGAGAUAUUCAAGGGGGAACCCCUGGAGAAGGCUAAGGAGCUCGAGGAGGGGGAGGCAGAUGAGCCACAGACGAGCGAAAAAGCUGGGGAGAAGAGUAAGGGAGUUGUCGAUCCUUUCGAGGGGAAAUCCACAGCGGAAAUCAAGGAUCUGGAGAAGAGAGCUGUGAGGAACUUUCAAAAAAUGUCCAAGAAGGCGACGAAAUCCAAAACUCUGGGGUCCAAGGUGACGAAGAAGAGGAAAGGGGGGAAGAAUAAAAUUGCGAAAUGAAGUUGUAUUUUAGAUAUUUGAAUAAAGAAGGUGUUUUGCA